AUGGCACCAUUUCUCAUUGAUCUCGACUCGGCGAAUGGCAGUACCGUCAACGGCGACGAAAUUCCCAAAUCGCGCUACUUUGAACUUCGCUCCGGCGAUACGUGCCAGUUCGGGGCAAGUGUGCGUGAGUAUGUAUUCCUCGACGAGACAGCAGCGCCCAAGAUUGAAAAAGGCGAGAUGCGGCUCGGUGUGAUUGCUGAAAUUAUGGGACACACGUCGAUGGUUUGGCGCCACUGGGGAUGCACUACAGACCGUGUGCUAAAAAAUGUGAUCGAAGCGAUUGGAGAUGCGCCAGAGCUUGAUGGAUUUGAGACGCUGUACCCCCUGGACCAAAAAAAUGUCAUGGCGGCAUUUAAGCAGGGUCAUCUGCGCGAGGAAGACGUGACUCCAAUUUUGCGCGAACAGCAAGAGGUGCGUGAGGCAAGGCGGGCUGCAAAUGAAGAGGAUGGCAAGUCAUGGGAGCGCAAGCCACGACGGAGCCGCAAGAAGAAGGAUGAGCUCGUGGAUGAGGAUACGAGACAGUCUACCGAUGACGACGAAGACGCGCUUGUCAAUAUAGAUGGGCUUGACGAUAUGCCUGCAAAACGCAAGCGCAAGCCUACACAGCACUAUCGCCCGUCGCCACGCAAAAAGCGGGGUAGGGUGGUCAUGCAGGAAGACACGGAGAGCGAUAUGGACAGCAUCGAAGAUGAAUCUGACGUGACUGAAGAUUCUGCUAGCGACGAUUUUGAAGGCUCUGAUGAAGAUGAAGAUGAGUAG